GCUUAUACGUCACGCGACUUUUCCAGCAGCCUUAUUUGGGUUCCCCUCGAUUUAUCAGACUUGACGAGCGUUAUGCAAGCUGCGGCUUUCAUCACAUCUAGAGAGAGAAAAGUAGAUAUUUUGAUCAACAAUGCUGGUCAACUGACGACAUGCCUUGAGAAAACCCCAGCGGGCUGGGAAAUGGUCAUGGCAGUGUGUCAUGUCGGCCAUUUUGUACUCACGAACCAACUGCUACCUCUGUUGGAAAAUGCCGAUGCAGAGAAAAACUCGGAUGUUCGAAUCGUCACCAUCUCAUCCAACGUCGUCGGAGUUUUCCUUCCGCACGACUAUCCUUUUGCAUUCAAUUCGACAGGCUAUCUAUACGGCACUCAGCCUUUUGAACCUUGGAAGUUUCGGCAUAUUCAGCGCCACUUCUUCACUAUGGACAUGAUGAGAUACAGCCUGGCAAAAGCUGCCAACAUGAUAUUUGCGCGAGAACUUCAGCGCAGAUUGGAUGCACGUGGAUCUGGCAUUAUAUCCAUAUCAGUCCAUCCCGGUGGUGUCAAGAGUGAUGCAGCCCUUGCGAUAUUCACCAACUUUAUGAAACCAGUCAUGCGGCAAGUUAUGGUUUCGGAAGAUCAAGGCUCCUUUACAACUCUUUUUGCAGCAACCGCCCCGCAGGCAAGAUCGGAUGCAAAUAGAUACAAAGGUGCCUAUAUCGAGCCGGUUGGAAAAGUUACUCCGCAGCAUCCUGUAACCAACGACAAAGAGCAGACUAGUGGAUUAUGGGAUACGACGACUGCCGUAGUCUCCGAAUAUCUUGAGGAACAUGCUUGCGGGUCGCUACGUGAGUGGUAAUGGAUAGAACUCUCUUUCUUCAUUGCGUGUAUUACUCAUGUUUUACCCUGCAUCAUUGGACAAAGAUGAGCACCAGCUUUCACUAAUAGAUUCAUUUCAAUUUUCAAUUUUUUAUUCUUGUUCUUGAACCUGAGCUUCUAAAAUUGAUGUAUGUAUUGUAGACGCACAACUAGCAAUGUCUAAUAAAUCCAACGCUAUCCACCUUUAAAAUAUGACUUGUAGAGACUUUUAUCUAGGCCUCAUCCCAUGUCUAAAACUCGCUAAAUAUUCCCUCUUUUGAGCACCUUAGUUUACAACCUUCAAUGUCUCAGUGGUGGAAAGCUUCUGGGGGACCUCAGGGUGAGGCUGGGCCUCAUCACCGUAGUUGAGGUGAGCGCGGAGCUUCCAGUCCUCAGGAACAGCAAGGAACUUCUUGAUGGCUUCCUCAACAGGGGGGAUGGCGUUGAGGUGCUGCAAGUUGGCGCCUAGGCCCUCGAGCUCAAGAGAAGACCAGACAAGAAUCUGAGCCAUGCCGCUUGAGUGAUGAGAGAACUCGUCGAACAUGUGAGCGGCAGAGGCGUGCGUCUUGCCCGACUCAGCGAUAACGUUGGCGCUAUCGAAGAAAGCGACGGAGCCAUAGGCACCCUUGUGCAUCUGGAAAAUACCCUGCAUUGUCUUCCAGACUUCUUCACCAGCACCCUUGAGGACGGGCUCAGCGGCGGCAGAGAUAGCAUCCCAGAGCGCAGCGUGCUUGGCUCCAGUGACGAGGACGAUGCGCAGAGGCUGGGUGUUGUAGGAAGAGGGAGUGAAGGAGAGAACCUCUUCAAGAAUCUCCUGAACACGCUUGUCGGAGACAGCGGAGGUGUUUUUCAAGCCGUAGACACUGCGUCUGUGCUUGGCAGCAGCAAGGAACUGAGCAGCGGAAAUUGUGCUAGACAUUUUGACUGGUGUGGUGGUGGUGGGUGUAGGCUUUACAGCAGACUGCUUUUCGGAAAGAGACGAUGUAGUAGGCUUGCUACCAAAGAAUCUUCUCAACUUUGUGCUCAGCUCGGGCAUUGGCAAAUGAAAUUUAUGUAUAGGUUGUCCUUGGGACUAAUAAGUGUGAUGGUAAGUGCUUUUGAAAGGUGAAGUUGUUAUUGUUAAUAGGCUAUUCUUCAGGGUCGACAAGCACGGUAUUAUAUAUUAGGAGAAAAAAAAUGUAUAUUGUAAGCAAUAACUAAUAGGAAAUUAGAGGCUACCAUUUUUCUGUGUUU